CUCGGAUGUUUGUCACUGACGCACGCUCGUGGUGUUGUAACGUGAUUUCCGCAGCUGUAACAGGGUCACGUUUGUAGUGCAAACUCGAGAAGAAUUCGUUCAGUUGUCACAUUCAUCUUUUAGCGUCUGUUUGCAUAAAGACUGAACAUGCUCAGGACGGUGGUGUGUCGGGCAGGGAGCGGCCUUUUAAAGCAUUCACGGCAAACCGUGCCUGCUUUGUGGGGGAGCCGAGCUCAGCAGCGAUGGGCUUCCAGCCUCCCUAUGAACACUGUGGUUCUGUUCGUACCCCAGCAGGAAGCUUGGGUAGUGGAGAGGAUGGGCCGUUUCCACCGAAUCCUGGAACCAGGUCUAAACUUCUUAAUUCCCAUCUUGGACCGAGUUAAAUAUGUUCAAAGCCUUAAAGAGAUAGUGAUCGAUGUGCCAGAGCAGUCAGCAGUUUCCCUCGACAACGUGACAUUGCAGAUAGAUGGAGUUUUAUAUCUCAGGAUACUCGACCCGUUUAAGGCCAGUUAUGGAGUGGAGGACCCAGAAUAUGCUGUCACCCAGCUGGCACAGACCACCAUGAGAUCAGAGCUGGGAAAACUCACCCUGGACAAAGUGUUUAGGGAAAGAGAGUCCCUGAAUGCCAAUAUGGUCCACUCAAUAAACCAGGCAUCAGAUGAUUGGGGGAUUCGAUGUCUUCGAUACGAGAUCAAAGACAUUCACGUUCCUCCACGGGUAAAAGAGUCUAUGCAAAUGCAGGUGGAGGCCGAGCGGAAGAAGAGAGCCACUGUUCUGGAGUCAGAGGGGACGAGGGAGGCGGCCAUCAAUGUGGCCGAGGGGCGCAAACAGGCUCAGAUUCUGGCGUCUGAGGGACAGAAGGCCGAACAGAUUAACAAAGCUGCUGGUGAAGCGAAUGCUGUUUUGGCUAAAGCUGAGGCAAAGGCCAAAGCUAUCCGGCUGCUGUCCGAGGCGCUCACUCAGCAGAAUGGAAACGCUGCAGCAUCUUUAACUGUGGCCGAACAGUAUGUCUCUGCUUUCUCCAACCUGGCCAAGGAAUCCAACACCAUCUUACUGCCUUCUAACACAGGAGACAUCAGCAGCAUGGUCACUCAGGCCAUGGCGAUUUACGGGAGUUUGUCAAAGACAAAGAGCACAGCGGAAAGCGUGACCGCUGAGACUACUGAGCCGAUUUUGGAAGGAAGCACUGUGUCUGAAACCGAAACUGGACAUAAAUAAAGAUUUGAGUCUCAUUCUAGGAUAAAAGACAGAAAAUUAAAAUGAUAAAAUCCCUGAAGCACUAUGGUGUAACUACACAAAGAUUUUGUGUGUUUGUUUUGUUUGUUCGAAUAAAUUUGGAAUAUUUUGUUUUUCCCGAUAA